CCUUGACGUCAUCAGUGAAGAUGGCGGCCUCCUGUGUGCGUCGUGCUGUGGUUCUGACCCUGAUCAGGUCCAGAUGCUCAGCAGCUGGAGGCAGCAGCAGCUCUGUGGCAGGAAAACGCUCGGCCUUCUGGGUAAACAUAAAACACGUUGAGAGCAGAGGAGGAGGAGGAAGAGGAGGAAGAGGAGGAGCAGCUCUGUGGGCAACAGUCGCUUUCUCUCUGUUCAGUUCUGAUGAAGACAAACGAGAUGAAGCUCAGAGGAAAGACGAUGAGAUGAUUCUGCUACUGAAGAAAGCCAAGCUCAGUGUGUAUCGGGGUCAGCUUCAAGCAGCUUCAGGUUUCCUCCAUCAGGCCGUCGCUCUCGCUCAUCAGACCGGAAACAAGCAGGCCGUCAUCUACACCUACAGCCUGAUGGCGAACCUGGCCUACGUGCAGGGUCAGCUGGACAACGCAGAAAAACUGUUCAAAGCAGCGAUGAGCUUCAUGUUGUCAGGAGGAACGCCACAGGACGACAACGCCUUCAUCGAGAUGUCUUUGAAGCUCGCCUCCAUCUACGCUGAGCAGAAUAAGGCGGAGCUUGCUGAACAUGGCUUCAGGUUCUGUUCAGAGUCUCUAGAGGCCAAACUGCAGAAAACCAUCGACCUGAAAGCAGAGGAACAGACAGAGGAGGAGGAGGCGCUGAGAAAAGAGACCCGCCUUCUCCUCGGACUCUGUCUGGACUCUCGAGCUCGAUACCGAGCAUCAACGUGGCGCCUGGACCAGGCCAGGAAGGACUAUGAGUACGCACUGACAAUCUGCCGCCAGGAGCAGGGAGAGACACACCCACAGACUCUGGUGCUGAUGAACGACUUGGGCACCAUCCUGGAUCUGCAGGGUUGUCAUGACGACGCCCUUUCAUUGGUCCAACAGGCCGUGGAUCUGAGCAGGUCUGCGGGACACCCGGACCAACAUGUCCUGCUGGGAAACAUGGCCGGCAUUCUGCUGCACAAAGGGCAGCUGGACGACUCGGUGCGGUUCUACCAGGAGGCUCUGGGUCUGGCCCGGCAGGCCGGAGAUCAGGAGGCCGUGGACAAGAUCCAGGAGGGACUGAAGGAGGUGAAGAAGAAGAGGGAGCAGGGGACAAAGGAGGAGCAGGACGCUGCAGAGGACUGACCGUCUCAGGGUGUCCAAAGGCAGACUGGAGGGUCCAGCAUGUUAGUGACCCUUUGGCUUUCCACAGAACGUCCUCGCACUGUUGUUGUCUCUGUCCCCAGUGGAUGAACCCUCCCAUAAACACCAGGGCCCUGUACUAUGAAGCAGGAUUUGUGGUUAUCGGGGUAACUUCAGGAUUAAUUCCUCCUUUGAGCUCCUCUGAUGAGCUUCUGAAAGAUCUAGACUCUCCUCAGAGGAUGAACCUCUGUCAGCUGCUGGAGCCCAACAGAACCAGCCUGACCCGUAAAGUGCUCCCAGUACCACAGACUGCAUCUGCUCCACUAGUUUCCUGUUCACUGUGGCUGAUGCAGAAACUCAAUCUCCAUUUAACAUUUGACACAUUAAGGUCUUUUCUUUAGUUUCUAUUGUUCUUUGUGGUUUUCUACUUAUGUUCAUUUAGUAUCUGACUUGUUUUCAAACCUCAUUGUACAUGUGUGUACUGAUAUCAAAAUACAGUAGAAAUACAAGUGUUGUACCUGUUGUAUUGUAAAGAUAUGAAAAUCAGUCGACUUCC